AUGUUUGGUGGUGAGCGUGAAAUAUUAAGGUGGAGCUACUACAAAGGCGAGGCUAUCGGCUUCGAUGACGAUUUCUGCACCAACUCUUUGGUCUCGACGAAACAACAACAACAUCAUCAUCCACCGCCGGCGGAACAUCCCACCAGUUCAACGACUACAAAUAUAUUCUCAUCUCCAACAUUUGGUCUGUGGGAGCCUGAAUGGGGUGCAAUAACGAGCAAACAACACUGCCCUGCUGCUGCCAUGUAUCUUGCGUCGGAAACCCUGGAUGCUACGAAUUCCAUCUUUACCGCACCUCCUUUGACUCGAGCCCCGGCCUUGCUUGUGUUAGAUAGCAUAGUCGCUCUGGGAAAUGGCGAUUCCCAACUUCAAAGAUGGUCCUCGUUGAUCGGAAUCGUCACUGCCAUUGUAGGCAACAUCCUGAUAUCCUUCGCCUUGAAUAUCCAAAGAUACGCGCAUAUAAGACUACACGAGGAGAGGUCUCAGGCUAGGGAGAAGGCAAAGGCUGCUAUGAGGAAUGCCAAGGGUGGUGGAUACGGGACAGUAGAGACAGCUGGGCACCUUGAGAUUGAUGUGGAAAACGAGCAAGAUGGUGGGGGAGAGGACGAUCCUUUGCGGCGGUCAUUCCAGUCGAUGGAUUCCCAGUCCUCGACAUGUUCACAACACGAAUCGAGCUACUUACAAUCACCGUACUGGUGGGGAGGUAUCAUUCUGAUGACAGUCGGAGAGGCAGGGAAUUUUCUGGCAUAUGGAUUUGCACCUGCAUCAAUUGUGUCUCCGCUGGGAGUUGUAGCUCUCAUAUCCAACUGCGUUAUUGCGCCGAUUAUGCUGAAAGAGCCCUUUCGACUGAGGGAUUUCUGGGGCGUGGUAAUUGCUGUAGGCGGAGCUGUUACGGUCGUGCUGAGUGCAAAGACCCAAGAGAAGAAAUUGGGACCCCAUGAAAUUUUAGGUGCCAUAACGACAACUGAAUUUGAAAUAUACAUGGGCGUUACUAUCUUCUUGAUUGGGGUGCUGUUGUGGGCGAGUCCAAGGUACGGUAACAAGACGAUAUUAGUUGACCUCGGGCUCGUGGGCUUAUUCGGUGGAUAUACGGCUCUUUCUACUAAAGGCGUUGCAUCGAUGCUCUCAUACACCUUAUGGAGAGCUUUGACGACCCCGGUUACAUACAUUUUGGUUGUCGUUCUUGUGGGCACGGCUAUCAUGCAAGUUCGAUAUGUCAACAAGGCUCUGCAACGAUUUGACUCGACCCAGGUCAUCCCUGUGCAAUUUGUCAUGUUCACUUUAUCAGUCAUUAUUGGAAGCGCAAUCUUGUACCGAGACUUUGAAAAGAUGACCAGAGAGAAUGUGGGGAAGUUCAUUGGAGGCUGCCUCUUGACAUUCUUUGGCGUUUUCCUCAUAACGAGUGGUCGAGAUCGCCAUGACGAUGAAGAAGACGAGGAGAGUGAAGAGGAGGCAGAAGAACGAAUCCGUCUUGCGGACCAAGAACCAAGUUGGGAGGAAACCAUGGACCAUGAUGGUGAUCGAAGGUUUGACUCUACACGAAGGACUCAAAAUGCGCCUCCAGCUUCGAGGAGAUCGUCGAAAAUCAGCUUUGCAGAUACCCUGUCGCGACCUCGUACUCCUCAUAUGCAAUCCAAUACCUCUUAUCCAUCCGUACGAGUACCUUCUUCGAUCAUGUCAUCGGACGGCGCGGAAGAAACCCCUCUUCUUAACAAUGCCUGGAUAUCAUCAUCCGAUGACCUGCUCACUCCACGCCAUCCGGGGAUGAUAAGCUCUAGUUCAUCUCCUAUGUUGCCUUCCGAAGCACAAAUUUCGCCGGCCGAAUUGCUGAAACCCGCUGCGCCAGAUAGGUCAUCGUCACAAGGCAAUGUUCAUACACAUCCAAACUUACAGCAAAGCCCCGCACCACCUCCCGCCGACCGGCCAAUGACACCCGCAGCAAGACAUUCCAUCGCUAGAAUGAUGCCUGGACCUUUACUGUCGCCUCUUUCUGGUGGGCUAAGUGUAGUGGUUGCGGAUUCAUUGCGCCGAGGAGUUGAUUCUCAAGGAGGGAAGAAAUUCAGGCGUGGGCGCCUGAAUCUGCGAAGAUCAAAAUCCACCACACAGGGACUCCUGACACACUCGGCCGACGUAAGUCAUGAAGAAUUAGCAACGUCGCCGUUGAAGCAUGUCAGCACGAACGAGCAAGUGAGCAAGUCGCUAGGUACGGAAUCAGGAACCGAGUGGUCACGAUUAACCAGGGCACGAAGUCUGAGCAAUACCUUGGGGGAUCUGUUCCGGGGGAAGCGGCAAAGAUUGGAAAACCACGAUAGUGGUGGGGAUGAAGAGGCUGGUCCUAGCGGGUCGUAA